AUGUACUCAGACUUUUAUCCUGUAUCGGUUCGAAAUUGGCAGAAUAAUCAUCCAUUACCAAAACAGAUUCCAAAUAUUUCUGUAUGGCAACUUCCUCAACAAGAUCUUCAUAAAUAUUCUCAAUUACAUGAUCCUCGUCAUCAACCAGAAAGACCACGUGAUAAAGGGACACCAAUUGGUUAUGAUCAAUCAUAUCAUCCUUCAUCAACUUCAAAUGAAUCGAAUCAAUCUAUAUCAACUCAACGUAAUAAACAUAAAAAAGAUUUAGGAAAAUCUUCAUCUGGAUCAUCAACUCAUAUUACUUCACAAAAUGAUCGUGAAAAAACUCCAUUACAACAAUUACCAACACAAACUGAUAUAUCAAUACUUUCUUCUUUACCAUCACGACCUGAAUCAGAAUCUGGUGAAUCACAACAAGCAUUAUCUGAUGCUAUUGAUUCAACUAAUAAAAGAAAAUCUACAAGUAAUAGAAAAAAAUCUCCAAAUUCCGAUAAAUCAAGAUCUCUUAGAUCAGUUACAAGAGCUACAUUAGGUAAUAGAUUUAUAGUUUAUGAACCAAAAGUUGGUCAAGAUGAUGAUAUUAUUGGAAAUAUUAAUGAAUUAAAUAGUGUAGGAGGAAAUGAUAAUAUAAAAACAACAAAUACAUCACAUUCUAAUAUAGUAAAGAGAGGAAGAAAAAAUAAAAGUGAAGUAACAAGUUCAG